UAAUAAAUCCUUAGAUGAGUCGCACAUUGCAGCAAUUCGGGCGAAGCUCGCAGACUCGCGGCGCAUCACUGCUUCGUCUGCGGGCAGCCGGCACCUGACAACGCCCCCUCUCCUCUUUUCCCCGAUGCACAAAAUUAUGCAUUAAAUUUACCUCUGAAUGGGGAGAGUCAAUGCACUAACGUGAUAUGCGAAUCGUGUUGGAUGAAAUAAUGGAUUGUUAAGUCAAUUAGGAAAAUCAGGCGCGUCUUUAAUACGGAGGCGAAGAAAAGCUGGAUCAAGGGCGCAUCAGCGAAAAACAGAACUGGUUUGGUACACGGACAUCCUCUUCAUUGUCUGGACUUUUUUAUUUUCUCUGGAUGAACAUCAUAUCUAAUACAUCACAAAACACAAUAAGCACAAUGAACUACAAUGGCUUUAAUUAGAUUUCCAUUAUGCACUCUUACCUGUAUCCAGACUAGUAUUUCAUUUCUGAAUGAAAUGAAACAAGUUUUAUUUCGCAAAAUGAACUGCUAAAUACUAGUGAGACCUGCCAAAUAAAGUACAGGAUGAACAUUGAUCCCUGUCUUGAAAUCCAUUUCCAUGUUUUGUCAGCUUAACGUCAAUUAAAACAUCUCAUUAAUAAAUGCCGGAAGGCAGAACUACCACGGAUAACAGUUACUGAUUUAUUGACAAUUAGUGAAUUCUCAGAAAUUUUCUAGGGAUCUUUGGUGUGUUUUUUCUUAAAUUGACCAUGGAUAAAGUGUCACCCCCGCAAACCAAUACUAAGGACAAAAGUCAAAGUGACCAGGAGGAUGUUGCUGUUGUCCAUGACGACCACCUUAGAAAGCUGAAGGCUUUGACAGAGAAGCUGAGGUUGGAUAUACGGAAACCUUCUUAUUUGGAGUGGAGGGCUCAGCUGGAAGCUAAGAGCAUGAAGGGCCUCAAAGGUCAGGAAGAACAGGCUGGGCCCAAGGACAAGACACUGUCAUCCCUGAGGUGGCCAAAACGACCGCUCUACGGCUCGGCAAUCAUACAGGACGGCAGUCUGUCUUCAGGGGGUCUGAGAGGGUUUGGCAGUAUUGAAGAGGCUCUGAUCUGGGUCAAGAAGGAGCUGACGGAGAUGCGAGUACAGGACCAGCAGCUGGCCCGGCAGCUGAUGCGCCUGCGCAGUGACAUCAACAAGCUGAAGAUCGAGCAGACGUGCAGCCUCCACCGGAAGAUGCUUAACGACGCCACGUUCGAGCUGGAGGAGCGCGACGAGCUAUCGGACCUGCUCUGCGACUUCCCCGUCGGCACAGGCUUCAGCUUGUCAGCGCCCCUCAAAGUCAUCGGCGUCACGAAGAUGAACAUCAACACCCGUCGCUUUUCUCUCUGCUAGUGUGCUAAAGAGCGGCCCUAGAGCAGUGGUUCUCAAACGUUUUUGGACUAUGUACCACUUUGGAUCAAAUCAACGUGACCAAGUACUACUUGGUUAAACAACUCUCUUAGUCUGAAUACAAUAUGUGUGAGCAUGUGUGAGGUGGAGAUUUCAGGUCCAGAGAGUAUGAAUCCAGAACCAGAUUUUGUUUCAACCAACCAGUUGAACACCCUGUGACUGUGACUCGUUAUUCUCAACUGGUUGGUUGAAACAAAAUCUUGGUCUGAAUUUUUACUCUCUGGACCUGAAAUCUGUACUACUGGCACACACAAAAACACCAUUUCAGUGUGAGGGGUGAGCUUCUUUGGUAUGCAAAAGCUUUGAAAUGUCAGGGAUUAGUUUAUUUGUGAUAAGAUUUGAGCUUCACUCCAGGCCAGCAUUCAUGUAGCUAUGAUAUUUUGUUUUUUCAGUGCACACAACAAAUUACCAUGGUCUUCUGGUAUACCACCUGGCGCCGCUCUGAAUACCACUGGUGGUAUGCAUACCACAGUUUGAGAACCAGUGCUCUGGAGAAUUGUCCACCAAGCAGUAGAUUUCACAGCAUGUUCUUGUAGGUCCACAUGCACUGGAAAAUGUUUAGUAGUUCUGGUCUCCCACCCAGCUUCAUAAGUGCCAGCUUGAUGUGUGACACACUGAUUACUCUGGAAAAUUCCAGACCUGUAGGCCCUGCUAACCUCUCUUUGCCAGCCACUUGGAAAUUAUGAAUUAUGUAGAACAUGCUAUCAGCGUGGUUAUGUGAUGUGAGUAAACGCCUUAAUGCUGUGUGACAAUGAUUGUGUCUGAACUUGUGAUUGUAUCAAAGCGUAGUGGCAGGGUUGAUUUUAGUGGUGUGGCACUAAAAUGUCUUAUUCUUUUAAGUUUCGGGCUUUUAUGUGAUUAAUUAAAUCUUAUAUAAUAUUAUUAAAUAUUACGAUAUGUAAUAUCAUACGGUACACCGUGAUGUAUAUGUUAUGGAAAGCACAGCAAAGUGUUCCUGGUGUGGAUAAACAUUUCAGUUUGAUCUAGUUGUAUUGGUUUUAAUUACAGAAUUUACAGAAUUAGAAUAUCAGCAAUGUCACGACGAGCUUAUGCAAUAAAUAUUUACAUUGUUUAUUUUUA